AUGGGCCUUUUGUUGAUUUCCUUUCAUUCGCUUCUUAUCUUGUACAACACAACCGCUCAACACGCACUGCAAAUUAUAUUAAGCUAUUGUUAUUUGUACUGCUUAUCUUGACUGAAGAUGUAACAUUUGAUAGCCGUAUUUCUGAUGAAAGCAAAAGUUUCUAUGUGAGGCUUUGUAGACAGAGACAACCUUUACUACCAAGUGUAAAGAACCCUCGUCCUCUAGUUUCGUAUCAUUGGUCAGAAUUAUGGCAUUCUUUGAUUGGGUUACUCAAAUUCAUUCUUUCCAACUACGAUAACUUCCAACAAGACCAUUCAUCUAUCAAUGAAAUAUUGAUCCCAAUAAUAAACAUCAUUAAUCUGUGUAUCGUAUUUGGAGAUUCAUUUUUUCCAGAUACGGAAACUUAUGAUGGUUUAAUUUAUGAGAUUGUAAGAUCAAACGAGGUCUUUGAAGGUUUAUAUAAAAUAGUCAAUAUACAAGAUCCAGCUAAACCUUCAUCGCAAAAAUUCUCAUCGUUUGAACAUGCUUUUGCAAAUAUAAAUACUAUUUGCCAACACUUUCAUUUAAAGAUAGAAGCUUGGAAAGCGACGAAUCGAGUAAAAACAUUGCUUCCUGAGCAGGUCUUGUCAAUUAUUAAUGCAAAUUAUGAUAGUCUGAAUUUAAUUACGCCUGAAAAACUUGAUAAUUACAUUUCUUAUAGUGAAAUACCAUAUCAG